UUAUACAUUUAUACAUAAAUCUAAUUAAAAGUUGUAAAUAAAUAAAUUUAAAAAUAAAAAAAAAAUCGUUGCUAAGCAACCCUCCAAUCAAUCAAUUCAAAACAAAUCCUAACCUAAAAAUUAAUACAAAUUUCAUUCAAACAAAAAAAAUGGAGCAAUUAUUAAAAAACUCCGAAGAUCACCACUUAAACGAAGAAUUUAAUAACUUCAUGCACCGUGUAAAUGAAGUUGGAAGAAUCGUUAAAAAAUUAUCGGCCACCGAUCGAUCUGAACAAAAAAUGGGAAUUUUAGAAGCCGAUAAUUACCUAAAACACAUGAACGAAGACGUUUUGGAGAAUAUCGAUGAAGAAACUGCGAUUUUAAAGAUAAAAAGUGAACGAACGUUGAUUAACAAAAAAGCGCUUGAAGAACCUAAAGAUGAAAAUACGAUGUCUCAAGAGGCUUUUAUGGCUUCGGUCUCGAAAGAUGCUGAUAAACGGUAUAAAGAUCGUUUGGUGCGUAAAGAAAAGAUGGAGACGUUUAAAAAGCAAGCUGGGUUGGCUUUUAGAAGGGGGGAGUUUGAAAAGGCUUUGAAUUGUUAUAACAAAGCGAUAGAACAAAUUAAAGAUAACGUUACGUUGUAUAAUAACAGAGCCUUAACUUUGAUUAAUUUAAAGAUGUAUGAUGAUGCUAUAAAAGACACCGAUUUAGCCCUUCGAUUAGAAGAGGAUCAUUUGAGAUCGCAAUUAUUGCAGUGUAAAGCGUUAUUUUUGAAGGGUGAUGUAAAAAAGUUUGAGGAUUUGAUGGUGGAUGUUAAAAAUAUUCAUUCUAAUCAAAUCGAUUUUAUUCAAGAUUUUGAAGGUAAAUUGCGAAGUGACGUUUGAUGUGGCGCCAUCUCUGAUUCAAGAACUCAACUUUAAUUUUAAUAUGUUAUAAUUUA